AUAGAACGAGCGACAUGUUCGGCUCGGAGAUGUUGAUUUUCUUCCUCAGUGAGUGACAGCUGUUGCUUAGAAAGACACUGAAACGUCACUCCACAGGACCACAACCACAGCCCAAUACUACAAUUCAAUACCAUCUCCGUACAGAAGAAGAACACGGAAUGACAACUGAGAAUCCGCUGCCAAGGAACGUUUUCUGCAACCCGAAUCUGCAGUUUAUUCAAGGGGAUUUUACAAAACGUUUUUAAAUCUAGGAACAGAAAUAAUAAUUUAAAAAAAGUCUUGCAUUUCAUUCUCCACGACUGGAUAUGUUUCUUUCAUUUUUUUUUUUUUUUUUAAAUAGAAUCGGGAGAGUUGCUAUGAAACCCAUCUUGUAAAACCAGCACCCGGAUGUUGCUAUAUUAUAAUGUUGGCUAAAACACCCAGGGAUGACUGUUAUUGGAAACGUUUGUCUCAAUAACAUGGGGGUCGGGUGAAGGGUGAAAAAUAUAUAUAUAUAUUAUUUUGUUUUUUAAAUGUAUUAAUGAGGAAAGGAGAAUGCAUGAACAAGAGACACGGAAAGAAGGGGCGAAGUAUGCCAGCAGCACCAGAGUUCCUCUCCCUGGUGACGUACCAGGCCUUCAGUCAAACAGCUCCGCACCGCCCAAGUCAACUGCUUUCUCCUGGCAGGCAGCGAUUGAUGCUGCUAGACAGGCCAAGGCUGCACAAACCAUGAGCACCAACACCCCCGCACCUGUCGGAUCUCUAGCCCAAAGAAAACGGCAGCAGUAUGCCAAAAGCAAGAAGCAGGGCAACAGUGCGAACAACAGACCUCCCCGGGCACUGUUCUGUUUAAAUCUCAACAACCCCAUCAGGAGAGCCUGCAUCAGCCUGGUAGAAUGGAAGCCAUUUGAUAUCUUUAUAUUAAUUGCAAUUUUUGCCAACUGCGUGGCCUUAGCUGUUUACAUCCCCUUUCCCGCAGAUGACUCCAAUUCAACGAAUCAUGACCUGGAAACAGUAGAAUAUGCCUUCCUUAUAGUUUUUACAAUUGAAACGUUUUUGAAGAUUUUUGCAUAUGGAUUAGUAAUGCACCAGAAUGCUUAUGUGAGAAACGGAUGGAACAUGCUGGAUUUUAUAAUUGUAGUAGUAGGGUUAUUUAGUGUUGUCUUGGAACAACUAACCAACGAGGGAGAUGGAGACAACCACUCUGGUGGAAAGCCAGGCGGCUUUGAUGUUAAAGCCCUAAGAGCCUUCCGUGUGCUACGUCCGCUCCGACUCGUGUCAGGGGUGCCCAGCUUGCAAGUUGUUUUGAAUUCCAUUAUAAAAGCCAUGGUCCCUCUUCUCCACAUUGCCCUAUUGGUGUUGUUUGUAAUCAUAAUCUAUGCCAUAAUAGGACUGGAGCUUUUUAUUGGAAAAAUGCACACAACGUGUUAUAUUUCUGGUACAGAUUUAAUAGCAGAAGAUGAACCAGCACCAUGUGCAGUCUCAGGUGUUGGGCGCCAAUGCCCCAUCAAUGGCACUGUAUGCAAGGAAGGGUGGCAUGGUCCAAACGGAGGCAUCACCAACUUUGACAAUUUUGCCUUCGCCAUGUUAACAGUGUUUCAGUGCAUAACGAUGGAGGGUUGGACUGAUGUGUUAUAUUGGAUGAAUGAUGCCAUGGGAUAUGAGUUACCAUGGGUUUAUUUUGUCAGUCUGGUCAUCUUUGGAUCAUUUUUCGUGCUAAAUCUUGUUCUUGGUGUGUUGAGCGGAGAGUUUUCCAAGGAGAGAGAGAAGGCAAAGGCCCGCGGAGACUUCCAGAAGCUGCGGGAGAAGCAGCAGCUGGAGGAGGAUCUGAAGGGGUACCUGGACUGGAUCACCCAGGCAGAGGACAUCGACCCUGAGAACGACGAGGAUGGCGACGAAAAGAACAACCGCAAACCGGUUACUCUGGCUGACUUAAUGGAAAAGAAGAAAGGAAGGCUUGGUUGGUUCAGCCAUUCAACUGAUACACAUGCAAGUAUGCCCACAAGUGAAACUGAAUCUGUAAAUACAGAGAAUGUGAGCGCUGAGGCUGAGAACACAGUGUGCUGUGGAACUCUGUGUCAAAAAAUUUCAAAGUCUAAGUUCAGCCACCGCUGGCGUCGCUGGAACAGGUGCUGCCGCAGGAGGUGCAGGGUUGCGGUGAAGUCCGUCACGUUCUAUUGGCUGGUCAUUGUCCUGGUCUUUCUCAACACGUUAACCAUCUCAUCAGAGCAUUACAACCAGCCCUACUGGCUCACUCUAGUCCAAGAUAUUGCAAACAAGGUUCUCCUGUCCUGCUUCACCUGUGAAAUGUUGGUGAAAAUGUACAGCCUGGGUCUGCAGGCGUACUUUGUCUCGCUCUUCAACCGAUUUGACUGCUUCGUAGUGUGCGGAGGAAUCAUAGAAACAAUAUUGGUAGAGCUCGAAAUCAUGUCACCUCUUGGAAUCUCAGUGUUUCGAUGCGUGCGCCUCUUAAGGAUUUUCAAAGUGACGAGGCACUGGACGUCUCUGAGUAACCUGGUGGCUUCCCUGCUGAACUCCAUGAAGUCCAUCGCCUCCCUGCUGCUACUGCUCUUCCUCUUCAUCAUCAUCUUCUCACUUCUGGGAAUGCAGGUCUUCGGAGGCAAAUUCAACUUCGAUGAAACGCAGACCAAAAGGAGCACCUUCGAUAACUUCCCACAAGCUCUGCUAACGGUGUUCCAGAUUCUCACAGGAGAAGACUGGAACGCUGUGAUGUAUGACGGCAUAAUGGCAUAUGGAGGCCCAUCAUCCUCUGGAAUGAUAGUUUGCAUAUACUUUAUUAUUCUCUUUAUCUGUGGUAACUAUAUCCUUCUAAAUGUCUUCUUGGCUAUUGCUGUGGAUAACUUGGCUGAUGCUGAAAGUCUAAACACUGCGCAGAAAGAGGAAGCAGAAGAAAAACAAAGGAAGAAGAGCGCCAGAAGUGGAAAUUCAGACAAUAAAGAAGAAGAGACACAUGAGGCAAACGCUCCUGAUGCAAAGAUUCCAGUGGAAGAUGAGGAGGAUGAUAAGGAUCCCUACCCAGCAGGAGAUGUCCCGGGCGAGGAGGAAGAGGAGGAGCCUGAAGUCCCAGUUGGGCCCCGGCCUCAGAGGCUGUCUGAUCUGACCAUGAAUGAGAAGGUCACCCCCAUCCCUGAGGGCAGUUCCUUCUUCAUCUUCAGCAAGACCAACAUAAUUCGGGUUGGGUGUCACAAGCUCAUUAACCAUCACAUCUUCACAAACCUGAUCCUGGUCUUUAUAAUGCUCAGCAGUGUAUCGCUGGCAGCUGAGGACCCCAUACGCAACUUCUCCGCUCGCAAUAUCGUCCUAGGCUAUGCAGAUUAUGUCUUCACUAGUAUGUUUACAUUUGAGAUCGUUUUGAAGAUGACUGCCUUUGGGGCAUUUCUCCACAAGGGGGCGUUUUGCAGAAAUUAUUUUAACUUGCUGGAUUUGCUGGUGGUGGGGGUCUCCCUGGUUUCUUUUGGAAUUCAAUCAUCGGCUAUCUCUGUAGUGAAGAUCCUUCGAGUGCUGCGUGUGCUGAGGCCUCUCAGAGCGAUCAACAGAGCCAAGGGACUCAAGCACGUGGUCCAGUGUGUCUUCGUUGCCAUCCGAACCAUCGGCAACAUUAUGAUCGUUACAACCUUACUGCAGUUCAUGUUCGCCUGCAUUGGAGUACAGCUCUUUAAGGGCAAGUUCUAUCGGUGCACAGAUGAGGCAAAGACAUGUCCUGAGGAAUGCAAGGGAACCUACAUUGUUUAUAAGGACGGAGAUGUGAACCACCCGAUGGUUCGGCAGCGAAUUUGGCACAACAGUGAUUAUAACUUUGACAACGUGCUGACUGCAAUGAUGGCUCUCUUCACUGUCUCCACUUUCGAAGGUUGGCCUGCGCUUUUAUACAAAGCAAUAGACUCCAACGGAGAGAACGUCGGGCCUGUCUACAACAACCGAGUGGAGAUCUCCAUCUUCUUCAUAAUCUACAUAAUCAUCAUCGCCUUCUUCAUGAUGAACAUCUUUGUAGGUUUCGUUAUCGUCACAUUCCAGGAGCAGGGAGAGAAAGAGUACAAGAACUGUGAGCUGGACAAAAACCAGCGCCAGUGUGUGGAAUAUGCCCUCAAGGCCCGGCCUCUGCUCAGGUACAUCCCCAAGAACCCAUACCAGUACAAGUUCUGGUACGUGGUGAACUCCACUGGCUUCGAGUACGUCAUGUUCGUCCUCAUCAUGCUCAACACCCUGUGUCUGGCCAUGCAGCACUAUGGGCAGUCCCCCCUCUUUAACUACGUCAUGGAUAUUCUCAACAUGGUCUUCACUGGCGUCUUCACUGUGGAAAUGGUUUUGAAACUCAUUGCUUUUAAACCAAGGCACUAUUUUACUGAUGCAUGGAACACUUUUGAUGCCUUAAUUGUUGUUGGUAGCGUCGUCGAUAUUGCUAUCACAGAAGUUAAUCCGACAGAAAGCCCCCCAGUGGGAGAGACUGGGAACUCAGAGGACAGCUCUAGAAUCUCCAUCACAUUCUUCCGCUUGUUCCGUGUGAUGCGAUUGGUCAAGCUGCUGAGCAGAGGGGAGGGCAUCCGGACACUCCUCUGGACAUUUGUAAAGUCAUUUCAGGCUUUGCCAUAUGUUGCUCUUCUGAUAGCCAUGUUGUUUUUCAUCUACGCUGUAAUUGGAAUGCAGAUGUUUGGAAAAGUUGCCAUGGUGGACAAUACACAGAUAAACAGAAAUAACAAUUUCCAAACCUUCCCACAGGCUGUUCUCCUGCUGUUCAGGUGUGCUACAGGGGAAGAGUGGCAGGAGAUCAUGCUGGCAUGCCUACCUGGUAAACUCUGUGACCCUGAGUCAGACUAUGGUCCUGGGGAGGAAUUCACAUGUGGAAGCAACUUUGCCAUUAUUUAUUUCAUUACUUUUUAUAUGCUGUGCGCCUUUUUGAUCAUCAACUUGUUUGUUGCUGUCAUCAUGGACAAUUUUGACUAUCUGACACGGGAUUGGUCAAUUCUCGGCCCCCAUCAUUUGGAGGAAUUCAAGAGGAUAUGGUCAGAAUAUGACCCAGGAGCUAAGGGUAGAAUAAAACAUCUCGAUGUGGUCACGCUGCUCCGCCGCAUUCAGCCACCACUUGGCUUUGGCAAGCUUUGCCCACACAGAGUGGCAUGCAAGAGAUUAGUAGCCAUGAACAUGCCUUUAAACAGUGAUGGGACUGUCAUGUUCAAUGCCACAUUAUUUGCCUUGGUCAGAACAGCUCUGAAGAUCAAAACAGAGGGCAACCUAGACCAGGCCAAUGAGGAGCUGCGAGCUGUCAUCAAGAAGAUCUGGAAGAGGACCAGCAUGAAGCUGCUGGACCAAGUGGUUCCUCCCGCUGGCGAUGAUGAGGUAACCGUGGGGAAGUUCUAUGCCACCUUCCUGAUACAGGACUACUUUAGGAAAUUCAAGAAACGUAAAGAGCAAGGCCUUGUGGGGAGACUUCCAUCAAAGAACAGCACCGUGGCUUUACAGGCUGGUCUCCGGACGCUGCAUGAUAUUGGGCCUGAGAUUCGACGAGCAAUAUCAUGUGACCUGCAAGAUGAAGAUGUUAUAGAUGUUAAUCCUGAGGAAGACGAGGAUAUCUAUAGGAGAAAUGGUGGCCUUUUUGGCAACCAUGUGACUCAUGUCAAUGGCAGUGGCAACAGAGGGAACUCCGCACAACAGACCAACGCCACACAGCGCCCUCUGCAGGUCAAGACACCAGCCUUUGAUACUGAGAGGCGGACUCUGUCCAGCAAAACCGAGAACUCCCUGUCUCAUAACCAUCACAACCACAACUCGGUCUCAAAGACAUCACCAAACUCCACCAAUGCCAACCUCAACAAUGCCAACAUGUCCCUCAUUCCUAAUGGAAAACACCAUGGCCAUCGGAGCCACGAACAUCACUCCGCCAACGGUUACCCUUCCCACGGGCCAUACUUCAAGGGAGAUCUGUAUGAAAAGCACAGAAAAACCAGUGGCAAAAGGACCCACUACUAUGAAACAUAUAUUAGGUCCGACUCUGGGGACGGCCGCUUACCCACUAUCCGGCGUGGAGAGCCUCCGAUGGAUGAGCACUACCAGGAGGAUCGCUACUCCAGAGAGCAGGAGUAUUACAGCGGGGAGGAGUGUUACGAAGAAGACAGCAUGCAUUCAGGAGAUGGGAGAUCAUAUAAGGAAUACCACGAGAGAUUUCACAACAGUGACCUUGACUAUGAAACCCCUAAAGGCUACCAUCACCCUUACGGAUACUACGAUGAGCAGGAUCAGCAGAGCUAUCAUGACUCACGGCGUUCUCCGAAGAGACGGCUGCUCCCUCCCACGCCCCAAGCGAACCGGAGGCCAUCCUUUAACUUUGAGUGUCUGCGUAGACAAUGCAGCCAAGAUGAAAUCCCACUGACUCCUGCGUUCCACCAGCGCACCGCCCUCCCGCUGCAUUUAAUGCAACACCAGGUGAUGGCUGUAGCAGGACUAGAUUCUAACAGAGCUCAAAGGCUGUCGCCCACACGGUCAACUCGCUCUUGGGCGACCCCGCCAGCCACUCCCGUCAGCAAGGAGCGCCCUCCCUACUACACCCCUCUCAUCCGCGUGGACAGACCCCACCGCAGAGACCAUGUCAACGGCAGCCUUGCAUCACUGCACAUGAGCUCCUGGUACACAGAUGACCCUGAUUAUCCCUACAAGGCAUACACGCCUGCACACUUAAAGAUCCCUUCUGAGUUUCGACAUAAAUACCAUGAAAAGAGAGGGAGCGCAGCCAGUUUGGUUGAGGCGGUAUUAAUAUCUAAAGGACUGGGAAGGUACGCGAAAGACCCAAAGUUUGUCUCGGCCACAAAGCAUGAGAUUGCGGACGCUUGCGACAUGACAAUAGACGAGAUGGAAAGCGCAGCGAGCAAUCUUCUCAAUGGCAGCGUGACGACUCCCGCCAAUGGGGAAGUGUUCCCCAUUUUCAGCAGGUGGGACUAUGAGCUUCACGACUUAGGUGCUGGCUACAGCGACGAAGAACCAGACUCUGUGAAGUACGAGGAGGAUUUAGCAGACGAAAUGAUAUGCAUUACGACUUUAUAGCAUUUGCUAAAGGGAAAAAUGCACGGAUUGGGUAACAAACAAAAGAAGUGCCUUGCUGGAAUAUUUUAAGUCACUAGCUGGAUCAACAGGCGAUUUGGGAAAGUUUGAUUGACGCAGCCAGUUGAAGCCAUAGAGUGCUUUGGAAUCAGGUGUCUCUUUUGAUUGGGGAGAACAGACUUCCUAAUAGUUACGCUCUGAACUCUAGAGGGGAACCUGCUUUGGUAAGGUACAUCCCCCCCCCCGUGGGGUCAACAGAAGCAUGACUGCACCUUUUAAGGAAAUUAUUACAGGGCCGAGGCAUUAGGAAAAGGCUGCCUACUGAAGAAAUAGAAAACAUACAUGCAUUCUAGCAGGUGAGGUGUGUCACUGGUGAUGACAAUCAAAUAGAGAGUGUCAUUACCUCAGCCACUUUGUAAUACGUUAGCAUAUCAAGAAAAUACAUUUCCAUUGCAAAAAGACAACAGCAUAUCCACUGUAUGUGUCCAGAUAUAACCUGAAUCUUGAAAUUCUUCUAAUACUCUUCUACAUUUUUUUUUCAAAUUGUUAUUUCAAUGGCACCAUCGACAUUAGUUUUCAGUCACUAAAUGAUACCAGUUUACACAAACCAAUAUCACUUUUAUUUACUGUAUUGUAAAGCUAUUUAGAGAUUUAGUCUGUUUCUAUGACCAUCAUAAUAAAUGCAUUACACACUGGGAAAUAAAUAAAUAAAAAAAUAAAUAAAUAAAUAAAUAAAUAAAUAAAAUAAUAUAUAUAAGGCAUUCAUAAUGCACUUGCAGCCAGGUUAAUGUUGAAUUUUAGCCUAUGUUGUUUAAUAUUUCAUAGUAGAUAUAUAACUGUACUGUACAAUUGUUAUAUAUAUAUAUAUAUAUAUAUAUAUAUAUAUAUAUAUAUAUAUAUAUAUAUAUAUAUAUAUAUAUA